AAACAGCCAAAUUGGAUCGAGUCGAUGACAAAGGCGUUACUCUUUUUGUGUUUGUUUUAAUACUGUAGAUACAUCUAGAGAUCCAUAAAGUUGAUACCUUUUCUAUAACCUUUUUUCUUUUUGUUUUAUUUUGGAGUAAAAAAACUAUUUUUUCCCCCUUUUUCAUACACAAAAGACGAAAGUAAAAUCCAGGGAUUGGUGAAGAAGACGACGAAACCAAAGGCGUGCUUCACGCUCAUACCUCUUUUAGGUCUCUCGAUCAAUUCCGUCUUCUUUGUUGGUUUGGAAAGAGGUAUUCGAAAUGGGUUCGCUCGGGAUGCUUUCGAGGAGAACAUUGGGCACGGAUAUGCCCGUCAUGACUCAGAUCCGGAAAUUAAUGGCGGAAUUGACUAACCCCAUGUCUCUCGCUCAGGGAGUAGUGCAUUGGCAGCCUCCUCAAAAGGCCUUAGAUAAGGUCAAGGAGAUUGUGUGGGAUCCUACCACUAGUUCUUAUGGACCCGAUGAAGGUAUUCCCGAGCUGAGAGAGGCUCUUCAGAAAAAGCUGCGUGAAGAAAACAAGCUAUUUAAAUCACACGUGAUGGUUACUGCAGGUGCCAAUCAGGCUUUUGUGAAUCUUGUUCUUACACUAUGUGAUCAUGGUGAUUCGGUUGUCAUGUUUGAGCCAUACUACUUCAACGCCUACAUGGCUUUUCAGAUGACAGGAGUCACCAACAUAAUUGUUGGUCCUGGCCAUCCUGAGACUCUCUAUCCCGACGCAGACUGGUUAGAGAGGACUCUCUCUGAGUCUAAACCGACCCCAAAAGUUGUAACUGUUGUGAAUCCUGGUAACCCAAGCGGCACCUAUGUCCCUGAACCUCUUCUCAAGAGGAUUUCAGAGAUAUGCAAAGAUGCAGGGUGUUGGCUGAUUGUAGAUAACACAUACGAGUAUUUCAUGUAUGAUGGUUUAAAACAUUCUUGCGUUGAGGGAGACCACAUUGUUAACCUCUUCUCCUUCUCUAAAACCUACGGCAUGAUGGGUUGGAGGCUUGGAUAUAUAGCUUACUCAGAGAGAUUAGAAGGGUUUGCAACAGAGCUUGUGAAAAUUCAAGACAACAUCCCAAUAUGUGCGGCCAUAAUCUCUCAGCGCCUGGCUCUAUACGCAUUAGAGGAAGGUGCUGGGUGGGUUGUAGAACGUGUAAAGGGCCUGGUGAAGAACAGGGAGAUUGUCAAAGAAGCCCUUGAGCCUCUGGGGAAGGAGAACGUUAAGGGAGGAGAAGGAGCGAUUUACCUGUGGGCAAAACUACCGGAGGAACACAGAGAUGAUUUCAGGGUGGUGCGGUGGCUGGCUCACCGUCACGGUGUGGUGGUGAUCCCGGGGUGUGCAAGUGGUAGCCCCGGCCAUGUCCGGGUUUCCUUUGGUGGGUUGCAGGAGGAAGAGAUGAGAGCCGCCGCAGAGAGGCUGAGGAAAGGAUUAGAGGAGCUCGUUCACCGUGGAAUGGUGGAGUGAAAUCUUGUAAAA